AUGUCUUCGACUCUCGCUCUCGCUUCCCGCGCUUUGCCUGUCCAGACGCUCGCAUCUGCAGUCUUGACAGCCGCACCUACGCCUUUCUUACUCUCUGACGACCACUCGAACGCCAUCUACUCUGCCCUCGUCGCCUACGCCUCUCGCCAAGCCGCUGCACCCGUUCCGACGCCCGCCUCCCUCGCCCGCGUCCCCCCAAUCUCGCUCGCCGCCUCUCCCGCCGUGACGGGCUUCCUGACUUUCCGCCUCGCCGACCUGCCGAAGGCAGUCAGCAUCGUUCUCGGCGUUUGGCUCAUCUUGCUUGCGCUCGUCUCGCUCGUCGCGGGAACGAGGCUCCUCAUCGUCGGCGCUGAUGCCGGUACCGAGAGGGGCAACGACGAUAAGAAGGGCUGGUUGGCUGGGGGAAUUGGCGGGAUGCUGUUCGGAUCGGUCGCACUCGGCGCCGUCUCCACGGUACUCCUCCUGCUCAUUGUCUCGAAGCACUCGAGCUCGUCUCUCGGAGGCUGGGCGACUCUCGCAAUCAUCUUCAUCCCAGGACUCCUCGGCGCAGUUGUGGCGGGACGCUGGAGAUGGGCUGCCAAAGGGGCCUACGGGUUCCUCGGCGGCCUCUCGUUCACCCUCCUCCUCAUCACUUCCCUCCGACUCGGUUCGAUCACCGCACGCCUCGCCAUUCUCGCCGUCUUCCUCGUUCUUCCCGCCGUGUUCAUCCCGUGUACGGAGCGCUACGGCCUGUCCAUCGCCGCAGCAGCAACGGCUUCCUACCUUCUCGUCCUCGGCAUCGACAUCUUUUGUCACUUCGGCUUCGUCGACGCUCUCGGCUUACUGGUCGCCAAGAAUGGCGUCAGUUCAGCAGGAGGCAAGGCGGAGACGGUUGCUGUCCAGUGGGCGUCGACGGGCGGAAAGGGCUUGAUCGCGGCUUGGUGGAUCCUGUUCCUGCUCAGCGCGGCGUGGCAGACUUGGUGGGGUCUCGGCGACGAGGGAGACAAGACCUGGAACGCCUACCUCUCGCAGUUCAUCUCGACCCACCCUUCGACUCCAAGCGGCACUCACCUCCCUCCUCUCUCGCUCACAGAGCGUCUCCUCUCCCACAUCCCCUUCUUGCGCCGCUCAUCUUCGCCGUCCAAGUUCACCGAUCUCCCGCAGCGCCGAGUCGUGCCGUGGGACGACCGCGAAGACGCCGCCUCGACCGUCUUCGACAUCGAGAAAGGCUUUGCAGCGACGGAAAUGUUCGGUUCGGGUCGCUCGUUCGGUGGAAACAAGGCGGACGCGUCGGACGCUUGGGAUAGCGAUGUUGAGACGCUCGCUGGAUUUUCGUCGAAGCGGCGGGGCAACCCUGCGUAUCCGACUUCGCCUACGUCCCCUACUCGAGCGUCGAAGCCAGCUCAGUACGGUACAAUCUCGACUCGCUUCUCCGACGACGAGGAUGACGAAGCGCCUGUUUCGGACGAGAAGGAUGGGUUGUGGACGGCCAGUCGCGGCAGCAUGGACAGCUCGACGUCGUCCCGCCCUUCGCUCGGGCAGCGCAUGAGCUCGAGCGGACUGAGCGGGUCGACGGCCGUCUCGUACCGCUCGACAGAGCUGCGCAAAGGGGCGUUCGAGGAGAUCGAGGAGGAGGAUGGCGAGUCGGACCUCGAGCGCGACGCCGUCCUCCCACUCGCGCCGACGACCCACAAGCACGCCUCCGACACGAUCAAGAGCAAGGUGUCGGGCUUGUUCCGAUUCGGCAAGAAGACGGCACCUGCAAAGUACAAAUGCGUUGAGCUGCGAGAAGCUCCGAGCGGCGCAGUCCCAGCUACUCCGUCUCUCAUUCGCGCGAUCGACCGCAUCAAGGUCGCGCAGCAACAAGCGCGAGGUGCUCCGCUUGCUCGUCACAACGAGUCGGCGUCGCCAGAAAUGCGGGAGGCGCAGAGCGGCGGAAGUACGCCUGUCCGGAAGCCGAGCGUGACGAGGGAACGUCGAGCAUCGAUGGACGAUUGGUGGAGUAAGGUCGUCAAGAAGAGCGAGGGGCAGUAA